UUCCAGUCUAUGCUAUGCAGUCCCUAUGUCUUCCUGAGUCUAUUUGUGACUACAUCGACAAGAGGAUACGGAGUUGCAUAUGGGCUAAAGGUGGCCACUCUCGAGGCUGGAACCUAGUUUCAUGGAGGGAGGCGAGCUGCUCUAAAAUGGAUGGGGGACUGGGUGUGCACACCACACGGCUCAAUAAUGUAGCAUUGCUUGGUGACUAUAAUCAAGGGGAAUCCUACAUAUGGAAGAGCAUCAUUAGAGCUAAGAAUAACAUUGUGCAUGGCUUUGGGGCUUUAUUAGGUAAUGGGGAAUCAUCCUUUUGGUAUGACAAUUAGCUUGGCACUGGGAAAAUCUGUGAUCAGGUUCCCUUUGUCCAUAUUUCAGAUUCUUCGCUCAAAAUAUGAGACUUGUGUCAACAUGGAGCUUGGUGUCUUCACAGGUUAUCAACCUCCCUGUCACCCCAGACUAAAUCCCAAAUCUGCCAGGUUCGGGUUCCAUUAAAUCAUGUCGGCCAGGAUAUUGUACGAUGGAGAGAGACAAAUAACGACUCCUAUACUACACAGUCGGCAUAUGCGAUGUUAGCCGGGUAUCACAUGACAAAUCAUCACCCUUGCUGGAAAUGUACUUGGAGGAGUAGGGUGCCGGAGAAAAUUAGAUUCUUCCUUUGGUUAAUUGCGAAGGAGGCUCUACCGACGAAUAGUAAAAGACACCACAACCACCUAUGUUCCUCAGCG